AUGUAUGCUGGAGCCAAGACUCGGGUUAGGACGGUGGAAGGUGACUCGGAGCAUUUUUCUGUUGAGGUGGGACUAUAUCAAGGAUCUAUGCUGAGCCCUUUUCUUUUUGCCUUGAUGAUGGAUGAGCUGACACGGUCUAAUCAGGAGGAGCUUUCAUGGUGUAUGCUAUUUGCGGAUGACAUAGUUUUGACUGAUGAGACUCGGAACGGAGUUAAUGAUAGGUUGGAGGUUUGGAGACAAAAGCUGGAGUCCAAAGGAUUCAGAUUGAGCAGGACCAAAACAGAAUACUUUGAGUGCAGAUUUAGUGUUGCGAUGGAUGAAGAGGGCAGGGAAGUACUGGACCUUCAAGGUUACUGUUCUCGAGGAAACGGAGAGUUCCUGGCUUGGCUGGAACUUUCACAGGGGAAAGUUAAGGACUUGGCUUUCUUAGAAAAUGAUGAUGGAGUGGCAUCACUUGAAAUGAUUAGAAAAGGUGAUCGUGGAGAAAUAUAUAGAGCCAGGUUAUCAGGAAGUAAUGGGAAGAUAAUGCAAUCCCUAAUGGAUGACGCAGAGAUCACUGAGGAAGAUGCCAAGGCUUUGAACAAGAAAAUGCGUCAAGUUAAAUGA